AUGAGCUGCAUAUUCGGUGAUCGAAGCAGAGAUAGAGAAAAGGUUUACCCUAAGGGAUAUGCAGCUUUACUGGAAGAUCAGCAAGGCUGGCUUAUUCACGGCAUCAGAGAGCUAUAUCGCCAUUUGCAAGCCGGUUCAGGUUGGCCUGGAGAACCACUGAGCUGUGAAGCCAACGGUCAGCCCCUAGUUCACAAUAUCCUUACUCGUCUAGGGUCGUUGGAAAACUUCGGAGAUAAUAUUCCCAGCGGAAAGGAAGAAAUAUUGGCGCACCAGCAAAUUUCAGAUGACGCUGGCUGUGAAAAAAAGCAGUGGCCGAGCUCCUCUAAGGACAAUAUGCAAAGUUUUAUCUCAGCCCGAGCUACACCAAUUGCUCCUGUUAAUACGCUACCGUCAUCAACAGCUAUGAAAACCGAUUAUACCGAAGCUGAGAAUACACUUUCACGAUCGUCGAGAAUUAAUGUUAUCGGUUCAAAAUGUUCCGCAGAAUCAAUGCUAGGCGCUGCGAAUGACGCAGGGUUGCCGCAUCAUGAUUUCCAAAGCAGCACUGGGAUGCAUGGAUAUCCUACUGGAAAUGACUCGAUAAACUCGAGUUUCUUCAGUGGGAUAGAGAACGAGACUAAUGACUGGGACACAUUGUUUAACCCAUCUUCGGAAAGCGAAUUAACGAGGGAGGAAUAUUGGGCACGGUUUUAUGAAGCUCAAGCCUUACUUUUUUGA